GCGUUGGUAGUGCGAUAGUGUGGCGCUUGGGGCGGGGGGAGUGUGUGUAGAGUGUGAGUGAGUGUGUGUGUGUGUGUGGAGUGGGAUGGAGUGAGUAGUGUGUGGAGAGUGCGAUGGUGGGUAGGCUGCGGCCAGGCGGAAUGAGUGAGAUGGUGUGGAGAGAAAAAAGAAUUAACAUCAAAUACACGCAAAUAAUUUCAUUUUCUCUCUUUCCCACAUUCUCGCGGUCGCUAUAUUGCGCGCCUUCUAAUGCUAUAUUGUACGAUUGUGUGCGCCAGAGUCACAGUCGCGUUCCCCAUCUUGAGGCCACUUGAGUGGAGAUGGUGUGGUGUUGUACAGCUCAGUCAGUUACCGAUCGUCUCAGUGGCAAUACAUAAUAAUUGCGAGUGGUAUUUCUUGCGACGCAAAAGUUUUGCCUGCUGAAAAAGAGUGGCGCGAACAGUUUUUCGCAUUUUUUUCCGUGUGACCCCUUUGCGCGCUAGCUGUGAGUGACAAUCCUACUACCAAUGACAGUGUCCUGAUUGUGUGUGAUGGGAAGCACUCACUGUUGUCCGUGCCGAUGCACUAUGCUGGCGUGAUUGGAGUGUGAUCAAUGUGUAGAAUGUAGUAUAAAUCAGUGAUUUCAGCCACUCACUUUUACUGUGUUGUGUGUUUGCAUUUGCAACAUUUUUUCACCACUGCACACACUUGUUUGUGCGAGAGCUGCAGAAGGAGUGUUUUGGUGCAACACGUGCUCUGACAGCUUGUAUCAGCACCGCAGUGCUCCUUAUCAGGGAUGUUUGCCAUGCGAGAUGGGCGAUAUCCGUUGUAAACAAUUGCGUUGGAGCUUUUCUUGCUCAGUGUGACAAAGAAUAAUUCUGCGUUUGGUGAGAGAUUCUGUGCGAAGUGUUUUCUUCGUUGUCCACGCGCGAAAAGGAAGGGAGAAAAAUUGUGGAAGAAAAACGCAAGAAGGAGGGAGAGAAAAAGAAACUAAUUUAUGUGUGUUUCAUUGAAAUUUGUUAUUCUGAUUCAAAAAAGCACUCUAUUAUUGAAUUUCUCACCCAGAGCCUAGAUAUAUAAAGUUUUUUUUUGGGUGGCUCAAAGCGGCGCAGCAGUGAUUGUUGUGAGAGCGUGGCAUUUUUGUCCUGAGUGCACAAAUAAGGGUGAUUUUUGUCGGGUGGAAGACAGAGAAGAAGAAGUGUUAGUUCUGCGCCUCUCCUGCCGCGGAGUUCUCUGUGUUCGUAAUUGUGUGCUCAAUAGCAGAAUUAAACAAUUAUUUACCUUUUUGUUUUGUGUAUCAUCUUGGCACAAAAAAAAUUGACUAUACAAGUGUGCGAGGGAGACGGCUCGACUGGCGAGAGACGAAGUUGGUGGAGAAGAGAAACCCGUGAAUCUUCACCUGGAUCCCAUUUUCAUUUGCAACACAAAUCAAAGUGGUAGCCACGACUGCAUUUGUAUCGACGAGUUCUCAUGGGCCACCGUGGCGGAAGCUCACCGCCGCGAUGUCCACGUCCUUUCAGAACCGAAUGUCGACGCUGGUGGCGUCUACGGCGGCCAGCGCUCUGUCAUCCACGGCAAUGACGGCCUCACAGACGAACGACCCCAGGGCGAACGCCGGCAUCGUCCUGCAGGGCUACUAUCGCAAGCUCAAGACGAUGAAGAAGAAGUACUUUGUGCUAUACAGUGACACAAAGGACAGAUCGGCGCGCCUCGAGUACUAUGACAGUGAGAAGAAGUUCAAGACAAACUUUGGCCACCCGAAGCGCACCAUCGUGCUGCGCACGUGCUUCAACAUCAACCGGCGCACGGACACCAAGCAUAAGUGGGUGGUGGCGCUGUACACCAAGGACGAUUGCUUCUGCAUCGUCUUCGACACAGAGCAGGAUCUCAACACAUGGCUGAGAAGUCUGCUGUCGCUGCAGCGCGGCGAUGAUUCCACGGGUGACCCGCCGAGGCCCAAUUUCGAACACACGUGGUCCGUUCAAGUUCAGCGCAAGGGUUUGGCUGAGGAUAAGGGCAUUAUUGGGAACUAUCACUUGUGUCUCACGGAGAAGUCCCUCACGCUGGUGCGUGUGGGAGCCGCCACGACAACAGGCGGAGACCACAGGCUGGGCAGCGUGGAGUUCCUCCUCACCACGAUCCGGCGCUGCGGCAACACUCAAUGCUUCUUCUACAUGGAAGUUGGCCGGCACAGUGCAAUUGGUGCUGGAGAGCUCUGGAUGGAGACACAAGAUCCCUUCAUAGCGGAGAACAUGCACCAGACAAUUAUCACCGCAUCGGCGAGCUGCAAGAAUCGCGAGGACUACAUUGGGCCAGUGAGACCGCGAUCCUCGUCAGCCAAUGAGGCGUCGAAGCCCAUCUCGAUGGCGAUGCGGCGUCAGACCCAUGUCGGCCAGAAGCCCAUGAAUUUUUCACCAUCAGGUGGUUCGGCCAUGAAGAGGGAGCGCUGCGACAGUCUCCCGUCGCGAAAUCGCGCCAUCAGCGAGAGUAGCCAGCAGAACAACACAUCGAUGCCACCGCCGAGGUCGAUUCCCUCCAAUCGCCCUCACUCCAUGUACAACCGACACAGCAACAGCCCGCCGGUGAACUCCUGCCCGCUGAGUCCGUCUGGGGCGUGUUCGGAGAGCGACGGCUCCUCGCUCAGCAUCGAUGAGACUGACGGCUUUGGGCAGUCGCUCACACCGGACGAGUAUGGUCACCACUUCCGCAGCUAUAUGGGUGGCAUGUCGCAGGAGUCGGCGAUUUUGGAGGAGAACUCCGACGAGUACUGGAACGGGGACAAGAAGCUGCACUCCAUGUACGACAGGAACCACAGGGGAAUCACACAGAAUGGCACUUCGUUGUCGCUGCCCAUUGCCCAGAGCCAGGGCCAGCGGAAAGGCAGCCCGGCGCCGCCAGUGGGCUCUGUGGAAGGGCGCAGCAGCUACAUCGAGAUGUACAGUCCGUGCGGCAGCUCGCCCGGCGAUCCCACGGGCUCCUCUGGGUAUCUGCCCAUGUCGCCGGGUGUGGACUUCGGCCGAGGCGUGUAUACAGGGAGCUCGGGCGUGCACAGUCGUGCCUCGAGUCUGGCUGAGGAGGGCGUGGACGGUGGAUCGCAGCACGAUCAGUAUGUGGACAUGGAUGCGUCGCAUCGACACCAUGGCAUGAGUGGCAUGAGCUCGGCGGCGAGCAGUUCCAGCAUCACGUCGGGAACGCCGUCUACGGACACGCGCUUUGCCGACUAUCCGCUGGAGAAGGUGUUUGCGCGCUUUACGCCCGAUGAGGAGGACAACUCCUCGCGCGAUCGACCAAUCCGAGCGUAUUCGGUGGGCAGUCGAAUGGAGCACAACAAGAGGAAGUUUCGCAUAGAUCUCCUGAACACGGACAAUUCGAGCCUUAGAGCUCGGGCGUUCUCUCUUGGGUCGCGUGCCAAAGUGCCACGUUCGGAGCAGUACAAGAGUGGUCACAGCCAAUCCACCAUUGCGCAGACGAAUCUAGCCAACAACAAUGGAUCGGCCAAAGGUGGGAAAAAGUCCUCGAGUGCACCGAUGCUGGACAAGAGGACGAAUCAGGAGCUGAUGGAUGACUUCAUGGAGAUUGACUUCUCGCGGGGCGACGAAGAGACUCCCACGUCAACCAUGCCCAUGCCUGCGCUCUCAUCGCAGUCCUCAGAGUCGUGCAACUUCCCGCACGACAUCACGUACGGCGGCCGCACGGCGGACACCACGGAUGGCUAUGUGGAGAUGAGACCGGUGGCGGUGACGAAGAGUCCCAGCCUGUCCAGUUCUCCUGUGAAGUCGUACAUGUCGCCGCGAACGGUGCCGCUGCGAUCUCUGGUGAAGAACAACAACAACAUGGACAUGUCGCCUGUGUUGGGCAGGGCUGCGCCCAGCGGAGCGGUGCUGGCCACCUCUCCGAAAACCUCCACAACGUCCGACGACUACCUGAACAUGAGCCCAGUGGAGGGCAUCCAUGAGAAGAUGGAUGUGGACAUGCCGCGGAUGUCCAGUGCGCCCGAAGGGUACAUUGAGAUGUCGUGGCCGAAGAAUAGCAAGACUGUCAACAAUAACACCAUCCCUGAGAAGCCGGCGUCGGAUGAGUACAUCAACAUGAGCUUUCAGGGUGUGCGGCGGAAUGGUGGGGCGAAGAGGGAGUCGUCGGGAAAUGGACAAAGGAUGACUUCCAUGCCGAUCAAUAUUCAGCAAGGGAAGCAGAAUUUGUAUGCCGGCAGGAGUUCGCUGACGGGAAAGAGUGAGAGUCAGCAGUCCUUUCUGCCGCUGACCGGAGGCUCGACGGGUCAACAGCCGGCUCACAGGUCAGAGUCAAAGGACAGUGGCAUUGUGACGCCAACAGGAUCAAAUGCUGCCAUCUUCCCGUUCAGCCCGAGCAGCCCGAUGAAACCAUUCCAGCACGUGGAGGCGCGCAAGUGCCUGGUGGAUGGCACCAGCGGCACACUCAUGCUGGCCGAGGAGGAGGUGUCCCACGGAAGCAGCGGCGUGGCCACGCCAACCACUCCUGUGCCCAUGGAGGGCAUCUCGACGGAGGAGUGCUCGGGCAAGGGCCUGCGGAAGUGCCAUGCCGAGGAGAUGCUGGAGAAUCGCUACGUCGAUUCUGUGACGCAACAGACGAAGAUCCGGCGGCUGUCGAUGGAGGUGCCGGACUAUGUGAACUGCCCACCGGUGGGCGUGCGGAAGAUCACGCCGUCAGUCUCACCGCUGAGGAACAGUGCUGAGGACGUGGCUGGGGACUAUGUGCUGAUGAGGCCUUCCACGACCACCGCCAGCACGACGGUGCCGAAGAGGGUGACUCCGCUGAGCAACAACUCCAGCCAGAUCUCUCUUAACACCUUCGAGGGCUUCAUCCCCAUCGCCUCGGCCGAAGAGGCGGCGCGAGAGGAGAAGGUUGUGAGUCCUCGUAUCACGCAUCCCUCGUCACUCAAGCGUCCUUUCUGGUAUGGCAAGGAGUCUGAUGGCUCAUUUGACUCCCUGCGCGUCGCGUCGAGACCGAACUCGGUAAACAGCGACAAGAUCACGUCGAAGAUCUCCAGCUUGAGUCUCAAUCGUCCAAACUCCGCCAACAGCGACCACGUGCCCCCCAUAUCGUCUUCCUCGUCCGCCUCGACGCUGUGCGGCUCCUCGUCAUCCUCGAGCACGCUGUGCGGCAGCAAGAGUCCCUCCAGUGCCACGCUGAUGCGCCCACAAUCCUUCACCGAGUCCUCUAGCUCGCGCCCGGACUCCGUGGCGGACAUCUCGUCACGGCCGCCAUCGGUGACGAGCGAGCGCGAGCUGCACUACGCCAGCUUGGAUUUGCCGCCGUGCAGCGCGGGCGCUGCCGGCGUGGCGCCACUGGCGCGCCAGGAGGCCACGGAGCUGUCCUCCUCGAGCGCCUCCUCGAAGAACACGUCGCUAUCGGGAGACUCGUCGGCCAGCCCAAGUCCCAAUGCGGCGCCGGUGGGCGCUCAAGUGGCGCCGGUCGCCUUCAACUACGCUCAAAUAGACUUCACCAAGUGUGAGAACGCCAAGGCCACGACACCAAAUUGAAGACAAGGUAGAGAAACAAACUGUACAUACUCUGUCGUUGCAUAAGAUUCCUCAAAGACGAUUUAUGAAAAGAAUAUAUCUCAAAACACCCACGAAAACUGCCACAAUACUUUAAAAGAAAAAGGAGGAGGAGUGAAAGGCGGAAGGAAGUAGCGAAAGAGGAGGAAAUGUUAAUAAUGAACUAAGAUUAAUCCAAAGGAAUACCGUAGAUGAAGUUUAAAGAAUCCAACUAUCCACUCCAAUAGAUUGUAGCGAAGAGAUGAGAAAAUCUUUAAUUAAAAAUAUUUUAUAGACUUUCCUAAACUAUUAGAGCAGAGAUAAGGAGAGUAGAGGGGAAGGAUUUAAGCAAACGAAUGGUAAAAUGACAAGACUCAAUUCCUACAACACACGCCCUUUUUCCCUAUUGUAUUUAUUGCCACACAAUCUUUGUUUAUAGAAUUUGUUAUUUUUUUGUGUUUCACUCCUUUAUUUUUUACACAAUCAUAAUGAAUAUAUAGUAAUAUUCCCUUUUGUAGUCACAUUGAAAAGGGGGGAAAGCACUUCAUUUUCCCGCCGUUGCUUUCUCCCAUUCUCUAGAAGAAGAAGAAAAACCCCACAAACAAGUUGUUCAUUUUUUGAUUUUGUUGUACAAAGGACAAAAGUCUGCAAAGUCUAUUUCGGCGAGAAGAGAGAUUUUGUAGAAAUUUGACCGCAAGAAGAUAUAAAAAAAGAAGAAGAAGAGCAUCCAAUCAAUUGCUGAUCAUCUGUCGAAGGGACAUUAAAGAAAUGGCUAAGAAAUUGAGAUGAGAAAUAAGACAAGAGUGAGAAUUUGCGCCAAAAUAUCGUCCAUGCGAUCAAUUUUAGGGUGAAUUUACAAUUUGUGUGAAAGAAGAGCGACAACAGCAUUUGUGGAUUCCUUACUCACAAGACUGCCAUUUAUGUAGAUGAAUUUUCUAAGAGUUACACAUUAAAGGGGAGAAAAAAAUGAAGAAAGAGAAAUCACGAUUGAGGAAAUUAGAAAUGUGGAUUAACUGAAGAAUAUCAAAUUUUAGUAUGAAUUCAUAAUUCUCUUUAUUUUCUCUUUCUACAUAUAAUUUUUUUUUGUCAUAAUUUGUAUACAAUUAUUAGUAGUAAUUAUGUCUUCUUCUCUUGUUAAUUUAGAUAAUAAUGAUUUUUCCCUCACUUAAGUGAAUUUUGCUGGAACAAAAGUCAACAUUUCUCUCUGAAAGUGAGCGGAAAGAAUGGGAAUUAUACAAGGAUUAUGUAGUGAAUAUAUUAUUUAGCUAUGGUGAAAAAUGAGAGAGAAAACAUAAAACUUCAUGCUAUAGCUUUAAUUUCUUUCGAUGCUUUAAAAAUCACAUUAUAGUAUAUAUUAUUAUAAAGGAGAAAAAAAGCUAAUUUAAUGGUAUACAUAAUUGUAAUAAAUAUAAUGGUAAAUUCUUAUGUAUAGCAAAACAUUAAUUCUAAGAUGAAAACUCCUUUUUUUUCUCGCAUAUAGAGUAAUAUUUUACACAAAAAAUAUCAAUUUAUUGUUCUUUAGUGGAAUGACAUGGGAAAAGUUGCACUUUGUAGAAACAUUUCUAUAUUUUUUUCUUGUGCUUAGUUGAUGAUUAACCAAAAGAGAAAUUCUCUUCGUGAAAUCAAUCUUCCGUUUUUUGAGGUGAAAAUUGAAGUUCAUGUUUUCAAUCUGCAAAGGAGACGAAAGAAGAAACACAAAACACAAUGAUCAAGAAAUGCAAAUUGACUGAUUAUAAUGUAACAUGAGAAAAUGCAAAAGAGGUUCAAUAAAAUUAUUGAGAGUUCACAUCCAAAAGCACCCCAAAAGUCACAUGAAUUGUGCAGUAGUUUAGCCGACAAGACAGAGAGAAUCUUGUACCAUAGCGUAAAGCGUGUGAGGAGGAAAAUUUCCAACCAAUUAUUAAUUACAAUUCAAAGUGUUCGAUAAAGUGGCUAUUAACAAAGAGACUAAUUCGAUUUGAUUACACAUACAUUAAAAUAGAGAGAGAUAUGGGAGAGAAAUAGCAUAAAAGAGCAUAGCAUUAAAGCAAAGUUAGACGUAUAACGUAAUCAUGAAGAGCAUAUAUAAACAUACUUUAGGUCUUUAAGGAGUGAGAAAGAGUAGUGGGAAGAUUUUGCUAGGUGUAAAAACAACAGAAAACACUUGAUUUCAUUAACACUUUAUUUCUCGCUGAUGAUUCUCUAUUAUGCGUUGAGUCCAAAAAAAUUAUUUGCAAUCCAACGGUUUGGAAGGCCGUUAAUACAACGAAGAAAAGCGAUCCUAUUUUGAAAACUGCCUCUGAAGAAUUUUAUUUUGUUAUAUAAGAAAUACCGAACUAUUUUACCCACCGUUAUUCACUCAUUUAGAUUCUACCAUAAUUACGUUUUAUUUUAUUAGGCAACUUUACUGAAGAUUUAUAUUUAUUAAAGUUGUUUCGGUUGUUCUUGCAUUAUUUUUCUUUAUUCUAAACGUAGAAUUUGCCUGGAUUUUGUAUACAUAUUUUGAAUCUAUGUUUGCCUUCCCUUUUAAAUGCGGAGGGAAUGACGAGAGAGAGAGAGAGAGAAAAAGAGAGAGAAAGUGGUGUAAACUUACAAUGUUACUACUAAAUGAAAUAUAUAGAAAAAUAUUUAAGAGAAUAUAGAGAAGAUAUAAACUUAGUUUAUAUUAGAAAGUGAGACAGAGAGUGAAAAUACGUAGUGAAAACAAGCAAAACCUUUUAAGAAAGAGCCACAAAAGAAGGAAUUAAUGUAGAUUUCUAUUUGAAAAAUAGAACUUUCAUUCACAUUCACGAGUAAACUAAAGUAAAGGAAAAAUAUAGCUGUAGUUGUAAGGAUUUCAGUGGAAAGAAGAACAAUGCAAGAAUGCGCAGCGUAACAAGUAAGAAUUUUCAUUAGCAGUGUAAUUUGUAGAGAUAAAUAGCGAAAAAAAGUGGGAUUCGAUUGAGAAGUAAAAAAAUAUGAUGUUGAAUGAAAUUAAACAAAAAAAAAAUAAGAGCAGAAAAUGAAACAGAAAAUGUGUUCAAAUUCACUAAAAAAAAAGAAUACUUUUGUAAUAUUUCUAAAGGGACAUUUAAUGAGAAUAAAGGCAUAAAAGAGUUAAUAUAUAUAUAGACGGGAUUAUCAAGAUUUUAUUCAUCACUUUUUCACAUUCGCCACAAGAGGAGAAAAGAGUCGAAGAAAAAAUCAUCCUUGCAGUUCAUUUUCUAUUCGUGCGUAAUUUUAUAGUGACACAAGAUGAUAAGAAGAAAUAACUUAUUUAUUGUCUCAAUAUGAUUACUUUUUGUUUAUUUUAUGACCAACAUUCUCAAUAUUUCAAGAUUCCUUUUCUCAAUUUUAUUGUAUAAAAAAUACACACCGAUUUUGUCUUCAUUCUUUCUUCCCAAAGAUUUAUAUAAAAUAACGCAAGUUAGAUUUGUAUAUUUAUUCACAUUUUACAUUUUUACCUGCAAUUUUCUCGCGGUUUUACACAUUGCAAGAUGAAAAAGAACACCUCUUUUGUUCACCUUUCAAGACACAGAAGAAAAGGUCGAUUUUUUCAAAAGAAUAAGAAUAUAUAGAGAAGACGGUAUAUUUUCGCUGCAUGGUGCUACAGAAAUCGAAAUAUAUAACAUAUGAACUGCCAAUUUUAUAAUAAAAGUAAAAACAGAAGUUAAAGGGAGAAGGUAAAGAAAAUAGUUGACAUAAUGAAGAGGAAACAGAAUUUCAGCAAAAAAAGGAUAUUUGAUUGCAAAGAAGAAACCAGAAAAACACACGAAAAAAUGGAGAAUUUGAAAACGAAUUAAAGAUAUUCAGUCGUUUUUUUUUAAUUAAAUGGUAACGGAAGAAAAAUAUUAUGAAAAGUCCUACAUGUAAAUGAAGAUUAAAAAUUAACUGCAUUAUACUGAUGAAAAUAAUGGAAUUGAUGGAAUUUAGUUACUAAAGUAAAAGAGAAAAAAGAACGGAGAACAUUUUAAAAGUGGAAAAUCACGACGUGAGAACAGAAAAAUAUUACCUAAGACGAAAGCAAAAACGUGUAUUUUGUAAAACAGUGAAGAAACACAGAAGAAAUCCUUAUAUUGGAAAAAGAAAAAAAAUAGUGUUAAAAAAAUAGAAAUAUAUAUUUUUUUGGUCUGCCAUAAACAUAUUUUAGGAGCAUAAAAAGAGAAGCAGUUAAGAUUUUUUCUCCUUGUAAUAAAAUGCAUAUUACACUCACUAUUACAAAUAAGAAAGACAAAAAAAAGGUUAUUGUUGUUUGAGAGCUAAGAAAUGAAGUGAGAAAUGAAUAUUUGUAAAUAUAAUCCAUCAAUUUCUUAUACAUUUCAGAAGGAGAAUGAAGAAAAAGGAAAAAAUUUCAGCCACUAACUAAAGAAAUAGAAAGGGAAAAAAUUGAUUGUCGAUGGAAAAGCGAAAGAGAACAUUAAAAACCAAAUAGCAAAUGUGGAGGAGAUUUGAUUAAGAAGUUGCAUAAGAGAGAAAGGAAAACAAAAAAGAUGGAAUAUGUGGAAAUUAUGUGUUCUUUAUAUUUUGUAAGCAUAAGAAAUAUAAAAAGAGAGAAAAUCAUUAUACACCUACACAUUAAGGGAUUUACCUAAAAAAAAGAAGAAAAA